GGGAAAUCGUCUCUAAUGGCCGCCGGAGCAGAAAUAGCCGAUGUGAGCGUCAAGGACGAUGAAGAUGACGAUGUAGUGGCAAUAGUGAGAAAGAAACACAAGAAAGCAAAGCACAAAAAGGACAAGAAGCACAAAAAGCGAAGGGAACGCGGAAAGCUUGCAGUUAUCUCUGAUGAUGACGAACCAACAGAAAGCAAAUUGACAAGCAGGAAACGUAGUAGAUCAGCAUCGAUUCAGGAACAGCUGACGAGCCCCGGCGUCAAGUUGAAGAUCAAGAUAGGAGGACAAACUACAGCUACCACCGUUGAGAUAAAACGUUCGAAACGGUCAAAGAAGUCUGCUGUUGUGGGAGUGCUGAGUGAUAGUGGUGACAAUACAGAUUACAAUAUUUGGGGAGAGGAAGCAGCAAACAGUAUAUACACUCAAAAGAUUGGGAAGGCUAAUCAAGAUGAUGACGAGUGGUUACAAGCUCUUGAAGCAGGGGAACUGAAUGAAAGAGGAGACAUUAUGAAAUAUUCCUUUGCAACUACUGCUAGACAGAGAGCUAUGAUGGGAUCUGAUGCACAGGAGGAGUUACUAGAACUACCAUCCGGUCCUGCAAGGGGCAGGGAAAUAACAGAAGAAAUGCAAGCUAGGAAGGACGAAAUAACAAGGAAACGUCGUCAAAGAGAAGCAAAGAAAAGAGAAGAGCAGAAAAAAAAUACUGUGAAAAAACUUAUCACAAAGACAACUGGAACACGUAAAAAGGAAGACGAUAAGCAGAAAAGAACAAGAUAUUUAGACCGUCCAACUGUUCAGUACAUCAGUAAUAAAGAUGGCUAUGCUCUCUGCUUUCCACCAGGCAUGGACUUUCCUUUCAAAGCCCAGACAGCUCGAAAACCACCGGAUAAACGGGUUUGCGCUGUGGAAGGCUGUUCCAAUGCUAGAAGGUACACGUGCUCUAAGACACACCUGCCAUUGUGCAGUUUAGAAUGCUACAAGAAGGUACAAUUGAAUUCAACGUAGCCCUGCAAGGCAGUUUGUAAGUUCAGAAAUAAGUUUGUGCUUUUGUAAAGCUGAGGAUGGGCAUAUACUGUAUUAAAACGAAUGAGUUAA